AUACGGUACGGUGAAGCCGUUGUGGUACGGUCGUAAGCGUUGCGCUGCACUGUACCAGUGUUUUGGUCUAAUUCGGAUUUUAGCUUACAACCGAAGAACGGGAAACCCUCCUUAGGAAGAAGACAACAUGGGUAUAAAAGGUCAUCUGCUUUCACUUCUUGCUACCAUCUAUAACCCAAAUAUUCAUUCUACAUUCAAAUAUGUCUACAAUCAGUAUCAGAAGACAGGCUGAAAAGCCAAGCGAUCCUUCCAUCUUGGGAGAUAAGAUCCAGCUACCCUUCUCAGGCAAGACUGCCAAGAGUAGAUUCAUGAAAGGAGCAAUGACCGAAUAUCAAUCAAGUUGGGAUCAAAAAGAUUUGAGCAAGAGAGGAAUUCCAAGUGAAGGCUUGAUCCGUGUUUAUGAAGAAUGGGGAAGGGGUGGAUUUGGUAUCGUUCUUUCGGGAAAUACAAUCGUUGAUGAAAUCAAUUUGGAAGGCCCAGGAAAUCCAAUCAUGAACAAACGUGUUGCCGAUCAACCUGAACGUGCAAAAGCGUUUCAACGUUUAGCCGCAGGCGCAAAAGCUGAAGGAAGUUUGUUCCUCACUCAAUUAAGUCAUGGUGGACGUCAAGUUGCAGAAGGCUUGAACCCUAACCCUGUUUCUGCUUCGGAUGUCAAAUUAGAUGACAGAAUGGGUCAUUCGUUCGGCAAACCAACUCCUCUGUCCAAAGAAGGUAUCCAAGAAGUUGUUCAAAACUUUGCAUUUGCAGCAAAGUAUGCAUAUGAUAACGGAAGUGAUGGAGUUCAAUUGCAUGCUGCCCAUGGUUAUUUGCUAGCCCAAUUCUUGGCACAAACAACAAACAAACGUACAGACGAGUAUGGUGGUUCAUUGGAAAAUCGUGCAAGAAUUAUUUAUGAGAUCAUUCAAGAGAUCCGUAAACAAGUUCCUGACCCAUCAUUCAUUUUGGGAAUCAAGAUCAACUCAGUCGAAUUCCAAACCGGCGGUUUCACACCAGAAGAAUGCAGAGAAGUUUGCGCUCAUUUGGAAAAGCUUGGCGUUGACGUAAUUGAACUUUCGGGUGGAACGUAUGAAGAGUUAGCAUUCUCGCAUAAACGUGAAAGUACAAUCAAACGUGAAGCAUUUUUCUUGGAAUUCAGCGAAAUCAUUCGUAAAGGAAUUAAAAAAUCCACAAUUUGGACAACCGGUGGUUUCCGUACUGCCAAAGGAAUGAUUGAUGCUAUUCAAUCAGGCUCAACUGAUGGUAUCGGCUUGGGCAGACCUGUCACACAAGAGUUUGAUUUACCCAAAAAGUUGAUCAGUGGAGAAGCAGUUGCUGCUACAAAGACUUUGUUGGAUGAGAACAACUUUAUGAUCACAAACGUUGCUUCAGGCACACAAAUGCAACAAAUCGGAAAUAAGAUUCAACCUUUCGAUCAAGCAAAUGAAGAAGAUCAUGAACACUUUAACCAAACAAUGCAAGCUUGGAUGAAGAACAUGGGCGAAAAGGGUAAAGAAGGCAUCGUCGAAGCAGGUUAUCCCAAAUUGGAGGGCCAGCCUCUCAAAUCGUUCUAAGGUAGUAGAGCCUC